AUGGAGGAUCAGGAGGAGCUGGGGUGUUGUUUUAAAUGUUGCUCCUUGCCAGUUGCCAUGGAGUCAGAUGAAGGAGAAGAUUUAGAGGAGGUGUUGCUCCCAAAUUUCCUGGAUUCCGUUGGUGGCUUGUCCCUUCCUAACACAGAUGGUUUAUGCAGGAAUUGUUCUGAUAGGCACAGAAAAACUUACUCCACCAAAGUGGACAUUGAGGAUGAUGUCGCUGAAUUUUUUAAGCUUAGUACAGAGGACAUUGAAGAAAGAAUAGAAUGUGACACUGAACAGUGUUCAGCUGUUUCUCGACAAACUUCAGGGGUGGAAGAAAGUCUGGUUAUUGUUCAUGACGUAAAAAGUCCUUUGCAAAGUGUGUCAGAGCAAUCCAGUCAGAAUUCAGAGUUUUCUCUGAGUCAGUCUUCCCAAGGAACAGUAAGUGACUACUGGAGACCACCCACAUACCAUCGAGAAAAGCUAAACAGGAGUAUGGAGAUACUGUCUGAUGGUAAAUUCACGCCCUUACGCUUCACCCUGAAUGCAUCAUUAGAUGAAGUACAGCAGUCUACAAAAGACUAUGUGACACAGAAAGCCAAUGAAGUUAUUCAGUAUGCCUUUGAAUGCAUUGCACCUGGCCAAGAAAAUGCAUUAAUGCACUUGCUUUAUCAAAAAUACUACAAGCCAGAGGAAAAAAGGGUAGAAACUGAUGCAUUGACAGAGGCCUUAAUAAAAGCAUACGAUCAGGCUGAUGGACAUCAGAGUCAAGUGCAGAUACUCUCAUUGUUCGUGAACAACUUCUCCAAAACUGAACUUUGUAAAAUGGUGCAUGGUUUAACAAAGUACAAAAUAGAUUGUGCAAGAAAAUAUGCAUCAACUAAUGGUCCUGGCCAAAUUAUUGAUCAGCCAAAGAUUAAUCGGAUCAGACUUACAAAGUGUCGAAUUCAGCAUUUUGUCGAGUUUUUGUGCAGUCCAUCAAUUUGUCAGGUGGUUGGAUAUGGUUCAAAGACACUCCGUUUAUCAUCCGGAUUACAAAUCAAAAUUCCAAAAAUGAUUAGAACAAUGAUUGCCUCAAGAAUAAUCCAUGCUUAUGAAAUGUUCUGUGAAGACAGUGAGAUGGUGACACCUUCAAGAGCAACAUUGUUCAAAAUUAUAAAAGUCUGUUCUGCAUCACAGAAGAAGUCUUUGAAAGGACUGGACAGUUAUACUGCAGAUGGAAUGGAAGCAGUAGAGUUGUUACAGAAAAUACUGUAUAAGCUUCAAGAAAAUGGCCUUUCAAGAGACAUAACAAUGAACUUGAUAGAAAAGCUGUCAGAUGUGAAUGAACACCUUAAAUUCGAUCUGAAGAUGCAUGUCACACAGUCCAGCACUUGUAUUGACCAUUGUACAACAUAUGCCCUAUCGGAUGAGACAAAUCCAGAUUUCAGUAAAAUUUGUGAUCAUCAGCAUACUGAGAGUUGCAUGAAAUGUAGUAGCACUGCAGCAGUUAUUGAUGAAAUCUCAAGUUGUUUAUCAGCAACAAAUUUAUCAAUUGACUUGCAGAGAGAAUUGGAGCAUGAUUUUGAACGUUCAAGAAACAAUAUACAGGAAUGGAAAGCCCAUAUUACAAGAACUGUAAACCAGGAUAUCAGUAAAUGCCAGAUUGUACAAAAUAUGAAGAGUAACCAAGCACUGUUGAUUUUGGAUUGGGCCAUGAAAUUCCUGCCACAAAGUUUUCGUGAAUCACAGCAAAACUGGUUUGGAAAACAGGGCAUCAGCUGGCAUGUCACGUGUGCUAUAUUCCUUGAACAUCCCAGAGAUGAUGCAGAUAGUCAGGAAAAGAAAUUCAGUCUUGUAUCAUUUGUACAUGUAUUACAAGGAGGAAAUCAGGGAUGGUUCUCAGUUGCCUGUAUUCUCAAAAACAGCUUAGAAAAACUCAAAUGUCUCAACCCUCACCUGUCAGAAGUGUAUUUAAAGUCUGACAAUGCAGGAUGCUAUCAUAGCAUGCCACUGAUGUCUUACAUUUGGAGGAAUUACGACUUCCUACAGCUCAAAAUAAGAGAAUACAAUUUUAGCGAGGUCCAAAGUGGCAAAGAUCUAUGUGAUUCAAGAACUGGAACAUGCAGAAUGCACAUUUUGAAGUAUGCAAAUGAAGGAAACGAUGUGGAAAAUGCAGAUCAACUGAAAAAAGCAUUGGAAAGUCAUGGAGGAGUUAAAAAUACAUUCAUUACAUUGAUUGAUAUCAGCACAGAAAAUCACCCUGUUUUGUCAGGAACUAUCAGAAACUUCAAAAUCAGUCAGAUGAACAAUUUUGUGUUUGAGGAAGAAGGCAUCAGAGUGUUUAGAGCCUAUGGAAUUGGUCCAGGACACUUGAUCCCAAAGAGUACACUGGAGAAAAUAUCUCAGAAUCUUGCGUUUGAUGAGACCAAAAUGAAGGUCAAAGAAGAUUCCACUGUUAUACCAGAAUGUAUGCAAUCAUCCCUGCUGAAGCUUCCAUUUGCAUCUCCACAAUCUGAUGAACAGGAUGACAACAAUGGAGACCUUAGUUGCACUGAACCUGGCUGCAUCAGAUCAUUUAGAAAACCAUCAACAUUAGAAAAACAUUUGGCUGUAGGAAGUCAUUCUUACCAUGAGACAAAUAGCAGUACAGAUAUUGCCAUGGAACUGUGGGCAGAACAAUGUAGUCAAUCCUUGUGUUACAACCAAUCUCACUCCAUCCAAUCCUCUAAUGCAAGUUCCGAAAGUCAAUUAUCCCAGCUGAAAACAGGAUGGGCCUUGAAGUCAGACAGAAAAUUUGUCAGAUUCUCAACAGCGGUAAAACAAUUUGUAAAAAACAUUUUUGAUGAGGGUGAAAAAACUGGGAAAAAAGCAAACCCUGUGACAGUUUCUUUACAAAUCCGCAAUGAACGAGAUGAAAACGGCAAUCAUGUUUUUUGUCCAAAUGACUGGAUCUCAGCUCAACAAGUUCGCAGUCUUUUCGCUCAAUUUCAAAUGAAGCUGCUAAAAGAAAGCACUGACAAGGAAAAGAGACCAAAAUUAGAACUUACUGUGAAAUCUGAAGAAGAUGAAGAUUUAAAUGAGGUCCUCAAGGAUCUGAAUGCUAUGGAAGCAUACGACAUGGUGAAUUCUGUCACAGAUAAGUGCCAGCUGUGAUUUCUUCUUAGUAAGAUAUCAGCUCUG